CCAUGAAUGUAAACUUCAUUUCCCACGUCCAGGAUUUUCUGGCAGCGAUUUAGCUGCGCUUCAAAAUUUGUCUUCCUUGAGACAUAUACAUCGUUUUUUCGUGUUGGAAGACGCGGUGGCAAGCGUUUCUUUAAGAGAAUCGCGUAUUUCUAUGUCAAUGGCAUUAUUCUGAACCCAAAAAUAAACCAACGGAUUAACAAAAGGAACAGAUUUCAACAAAGAAAUGAAUGAUGGCGAGAAAGCAGGCUAUGAAUGUGUGCCACUGUGGUCAGCCAGUCAAAGAACUCUACCGAGACUUCAAGAAAGGCAUAAUUAAAAUAGCACACUGUAGUUACUGCAAACAGGUUGCAGAUAAGUACAUUGAAUAUGAUGAAGUUAUUAUUUUCUUGGACAUUCUCUUGCUGCAACAGACAGCUUAUCGACAUGUGCUUGUGAACUCUAAGAUUAAGGGGUACUGGAGAUUUUUGCUAGUGCUUUGGCUUUGUGAUGCUCUGACAAAACUAGUGCAGAGAAAGGCAGAUGUAUCAUCUCCAGGCUUGCAACCAGACCAUGUUUUUUAUUAUGCAUUAGAACUUGCUUUUUAUAAAGACUACUUGUUGUCAGCAGCAGAGUCAUUUAUAUUUGUUGUCAUUACAUUGGCAUUGCUUGCUGCUAGAUAUUGGAUGGUCUUUGGAAACAUCAAGACAUUUAAACCAAAAGAUGUGAUUCAGGCUGUGAUAGUGUCCAGCAUGGGUCGUCUCCUUGUGAUCCCUGCUCUCAUCUGGGGCCAGACUUACAGCACAAUUGGAGUUAUACUCACUAGACUAUUUGUAUUUUUCUCCAAUGUCCAGGCUUUACAUGUAAUUUGCAAAGACAUUGGAGUCCAAGAAACAGUACUGACUGUAGCUUUUAGCUACCUUGGACAGUACCUCUUUUUAAGGAUUUGCACUUAGUCAUCAUUUAUUUCUUCACCUUAUGUACUCUCUUUGAUUUUCAUUUGACAUUUACUGCUACAGAAAAUAAACUAUUUUUCAAAUGUAAAAAAUAAUCAUCAUAAGCUUGAUAUAUACUUUACCCCACUUUAAAGGUUAUUUCAAAGUACUUUACAAAAACACAAAAAAGACAUAUGAAUCAAAAUUCAUUAAUAAAUUUUUAUGUUUAAAGAAAGGGGAUUGUACUGAAUGAAUUGGUGAUGAUGAUAGAGCCUUGUAACGUGAAAGAGAGGUUCAUUGUGCUUAAAGAGAAAUUGGAUAAACACGAUAAUAGACAAGAGAAAGGACAUAUCUGGGAAUGGUAAAGAAAACGGGUUCUGGUAGUUAACUGUUGCUGGCUUGACUGGUUGUUGAGAAAGAUGGACUAAGUUUCACUAAACAGUGGAACAAAAUUUGGCAUUAGUAAUAGCAGUGACGUUAUUUAUGGUGUAAGCAAUGUCACUGUCACUUUUGGGUUCUUCAUUUGUUUUCCUUAUCUCUAAAUUUUUUAUGCACACAGACACAAACAACAUGCAUGCAUGCGCACAUAUGCACACACACACACUACUCUUACUUCUUGUCUGUUUCUAAUUCUUAUUAUCAAACUUUGUACAUUUCCAAGCACUAAUUAUAUACACAUUCAAAUCUAGUUGCUUUUUUCACUUUUUCUAUAAUAAUGAAAAAUAAAUUCUCAAAGACUUUUAAAUGUAUUGCAAACAGCAGCAGUACUUUAAUUCAGUAUCUUCUGCACCUCAGCUCACGAAAGCAUCAUUAUAUUAAAAAAAAAAAAACAA